UGGCCCUGGUUAUAUAUAAAAUUUGACCAAUGUCCAAAUUCAUUUGACAAGUCGUCUUUAAGACCUCGUAUUUUCUAGAGAAACCCCUGAAAAUGCCCACCACUGUUUCAUCCACCCGUAAUGUCAUCUUGUAUUUCGUUGCAAUAGUCCUCCCGCCAGUAGCCGUAUUUUUCAAACGUGGAUGUGCUGCAGACUUUUGGAUUAACAUCUGUCUCACGAUCUUGGGUUGGAUACCUGGAGUCUUGCAUGCAUGGUAUCUCAUUUCUCGGAGCGAGGGAGCAAUGUAAUGACGUCAUGAUGUCAUUGGAGUUAUACAGUUCCAGUGCACCCCGUUACCGCUCUCAAACCAUGUACAGAGAGCAGACACGGCAUCGGAUGCGGACACAAUGCUUGAUGCAUCAAUUAUCAUCAGGAAAGUUGGGGAGGGGGAGGGGGUUGAAUUGAGUAGAGACUGCAACAAUAUAUGAUGAGUUUCCAGUCAUCUGAUCAAAAAUUUGAUAGCCAUGCGCGGGUUAUCAAUCCGCAAAGCUACGUAAUUCCCUGAGGUUGGAC